AUGGGUAACUUUUGUCCUGGUGGAUCUUCCUCUGUUCGUCACGAACAGAGCCCCGUCUCCACCAAUCCCCUCCCAGAGGCGAGACGCAUACAAACUCCGGUUAAUGCAAAGUUUCCACCGGCGUUAGUAGCGAUGUCGCCGUCUCCGGCGGCUAGGGGUUUAAAACCGAAGUUUCCGGCGACGGGAACAGGACAAAAAACGAGAUUCGAAAAACCGCAACAGAGAACAAGAUCCGUCGAUAAUCCACCACCACCGGAGAAGACAGCGAGAUCCGUCGAUAAUCCUCCGCCGUUAAAACCGGCGGAGAAAAAAGCAGCAGUAGUGCCACCGAGCGGGAAGAUAGUGACCCCGAAUCUAAAGAUGUUCACUUUAGCAGAUCUCAAGACGGCGACGAAGAAUUUCCGGUCAGAUUCUAUCAUCGGAGAAGGAGGAUUCGGACAGGUUUAUAAAGGUUGGGUUGAUGAGACGACGUUAGCUCCGACGAGAGCCGGUGUCGGAGUACCAGUCGCCGUUAAGAAAUCAAAUCCUGAUAGUGCUCAAGGUUUACAUGAAUGGCAGUGUGAAGUGAGAUUCCUAGGGAAGUUUCAUCAUCCAAAUCUAGUGAAGCUGUUGGGUUAUUGCUGGGAAGAGAAUCAGUUCCUCUUGGUUUAUGAGUAUUUGCCUAAAGGAAGCCUUGAAAAUCACCUCUUCUCAAAAGGAGACGCAUUACCAUGGGACACACGUUUGAAAAUAGCGAUUGAAGCAGCUCAAGGACUUACUUUUUUGCAUAACUCGGAAAAGAGUGUUAUUUACAGAGACUUCAAAGCUUCCAAUAUUCUUCUUGAUUCCAACUUCAACGCCAAACUUUCCGACUUCGGACUGGCCAAACAUGGGCCAAUCAAUGGAUUCUCACACGUGACCACACGUGUCAUGGGUACACAUGGUUAUGCAGCUCCUGAGUACAUGGCUACAGGUCAUUUAUAUGUGAGGAGUGAUGUUUACGGGUUUGGAGUGGUACUGUUAGAGCUCUUAACCGGUUUAAGAGCAGUAGACCCAAACCGACCAUCUGCGCAACAGAAUCUAGUGGAAUGGGCUAAACCGAUUCUACAAAAGAAGAAAAUACAGAAAAUGAUGGACCCAAGGCUCGAGCAGAAGUAUCCACCUUUGGCAGUGGUUAGAACCGCUGACCUCAUUCUACGGUGUCUCGAGGCUGACCCGAAAAACCGACCACCAAUGGAUGAAGUACUAAGAGAAUUAGAGAUUGUAAGGACUAUUAGAGACGAACCAAAAGAAGAGAGGCGUAAACGAGGCAGUGGGUCUGAUAAAAAUAACCGGGUUAAUGGUUACGGUUCACCUCACGGUCGUAGAACCGGUCGAGCCGGUUAG